AUGAAUGUGAGAUUAGGAAUGGUAAGAUGGGUGAAUGAAAAAUGCCCAUAAAUGAAGGUUAGCAAUAUUGAAAGCAUGUCUGAUGGAAGACAUUUCUUAUGUUUACUAAGAAGAUACUUUCCAGAAAUAGAGGUUCCAUAAUUUAAAAAAAAUUAAACAAUAGUUUCUCGUAUAGAAACUCUUACAUAAGUAGCUCACUAUUGUUCAAAACUAGACAAUUCAAUUAAGAUUGAUGUUUUGAGAAUAGCAAAUAAGGAGUCUAAUAUGAUUCUAAAUUUACUAAAAUUUAUAAAAUCAAUUCUAGAUAAAACUCCAAUAAAAAUAUAAAAUAUCAAGGAAGAAAUUCCUACAAUAAUUAAAGAUUAGAAUAAAGAAUGCCAAAAAAUACAUGAGGAGAUUGUGAUAAUUCCAAUUCCAAAAAAAUAAACAGUUGAUUAAGAAAUAUAAACAAUUGAAAUUUAAGAAGUGAAACCUUUACAAGUUUUAUAAGAAAAAAUAAAAAAAAUAUUAUAAUCUAAAUUGUAGUAUCCUUAUUUAGAAUUAGAAAUACUUUAAUUGUUAGAAAAAGAUAAGGAAGUUGCUAAUCUCUAACUAUAUUAUUAAAUUAAGGCAUCUAGAACAAGUAUGAAGCCAUCAAAACUCACAGAAUUUAUGUCAAUUCAUAGUAGUUAGUUUUAUAAUAGAGUGGAAUAGAAUUUACUUGAACCUGAAUAAUUUUUUGAUUAGAAUUUAGCAAGCAAAAAGAGUGUAUGUGAUGAUAGUUUCUUUCAAGUUAGUGAUGAAAAAUAACAAUAUUGA